AUGGUGAAGAAGGCAGCUAACACCCCGAAAAAGACGCCGAAGAAGGCCGUGCAGGAGGUUCUUAUUAUUUUAUUUUCGCGGAAUAUUGUUGGAAAUUAAGGCCACACCAAUUUCGAAGGUGGAAAAGAAGAAAGCUGAAGUUGAGAAGCAAACUCCAGUUAAGGUAGGAUUUUGAGGAUAUUUUGGUCAUUUUGAGGUUUUUCAUUGUUUUCGACGUAUUUUUUUCUUCAUUUUUUGUAUUUUUUGUGUAAUGUGACCGAAGGAACUCAGAAACGAGAACAUGUUGAUAUCGAUCGAAAAUUGCUCAAAUUUUUCCCCUGGGAGCCUUUUUUCUAGUUUUAAAAUGAUUUUUAUCUCAUGAGAUCACGCAAAGCUGAAAAUAAUCAUUGAGUGUUUUAACUUUCCAAAAAAAAUUUUUUUGUUUUCUUUGUGAACCAAUAUGAACCUCGAAUUCCAUCGAAACUUUAUUUGAACUGAAUCUGAUACAAAAACACUGUUUUUGAACAAAAGUGAUUUUUUUCCCUCCAAUUAAUCAUUCCUCUAUUUUUCAGCCAUCGCCAAAAGUUGUGAAAGAAACAUCAAAGUCUCCACUUGUAUCUUCAGCAAAGAAAUCAAAGAAGGAAAAGAAAGUAGUUCCGGAAACGCCUGAGAAGGUGAAAUUGAACGUUUUUCAGCGGUGAACUAAUUUUGUUUAGGUCGAAAAGGAAGAGGUCAAGGAGGAGGAGGAAGUGAAAGAGAACGUGAAAGCGAAGAAAGUGACGAAAAAAGCGCCAAAGGCGGACUUUAAUGUCGAGGAGCGGGUUCAGAGUGCUAAAGAUCAGGUUAGUGAAAAAAAUUAUAGGAAAUAAAAAGUUGAAGUCUGAAAAAAAUUAGAAAAAAAUUUGUUAAGACGUUUUCAAUGUAAAAAAAGUAGAUAAGGCGCUUCAAAUUCGGAAGAAAAAAAGAAAAAAAUAGUUUUUAGCACCAUUUUUUUAGAAUAAAUUUAUUUUAAUGUUAAGUUUCAAUCAAAAAAAGUUUCUUAUUAAUAUUCUUGGCUCUUGUUUUUGCAAUUUAUUUGGACCAAUUGAAUUUUUUUGAUUGAAGAAUUUUAAAAAGAAAAAUCAUUUCUUUGGGAAACGAUUACAAUACUUUUUUUGAUUGGUCUGGAUUCAUCCAAAUUUUUAUAAAAAUAUUUAUUUUAGAUAGAAAAAUUAAUUCCCUGAUUUUUGAGGUUACAUGUGUUAUUUUUGAAGCCCUUUUUUCAUGGUUUAUGAUAUUAUUUUUUGUGAUCUUUAUAGAAAUUUUUAGAACGCUUCCAAUAAGUGUUAAACUAGGAAUAACUACUUUUCUAGUUUUUAAAAAGAAUCUCCAAAGCUAUUUCCCAUUCUUUUCUAGGCCCGAGUCGCGAUCAAAGCACUGAAGAAGUUUUUCGCCGAGAAGAACGAGAAAUCUCUCUUCCCGGAUAUCGAUUAUUCGUGCACUUUGACGGUCAACUACAAGAAGCCGACCAUGUCGACAGAUCGCGGAAGCUUGAAAAUGUUUAUAAAAUACUGACUAAGGACUUUUUUCAAGCCUCCCGGUCGAACUUCUGAUGAAAAGUGUACUUCAGGACCUCCUUAUUUUGGAACUAGAAAAAAAAAUUCACAGAAGAUCUGGUUUUCGAGUUUCGCUUUUUCGAGACGCUUCAAAACCUAAAAAAUCGCGCUUUUUUUUGUCAUAAUUUGCGUUUUUGCAAACUUCGAAACAAUGAUCUCUUGCGGAAAAUGUUUCUUUUUUGGAGUAUGGAUUCUUAGAAAAAAUCAUGCGAUUAAAGUUCGAGGCUGAUUUUUUUUAUCAAUUUAUCUCUCAGUAGUGGAAAAUUUUCGCUCUUUGUCUACCCUCAAUUAGAUUUUCAACUAACUUACGCCAAUUUUUCAGCGAUUCGUGGGCAAUUCGUAGACUAAAAACUGAAAAGGGGCAUUUUAAAAAGCAUUUUAUAAAGUUUAUCAGCAAGAAAAAGAGAGAAGUCAUCGAAUUUUUUUAAGCAUUCAAAAGUUGGUGUGUAUAUAGUCUGCAAAAAUUUCUAAUGAAUUUUCGAAAAGUAAUGAGAAAUUUUUAAAAAAACAACUUUUAUGGUUUGUGAAGUUUUUUUCGAAAAAAACAAGUUUCUCGAAGAGAAAAAAAUUUUUCAUGAAUACUUCUUCGAAUUCCCAUUUCCAAAGUGGAAAAUGCGAUUUUUCAGUGAACUGCCCCACUCGCACAAAAAUAUCAACAAUACUUCUGUUUGUCUGAUUUUACCCGAUCUGGAUCAAUCGGAUGAAGCCAAGGUGGGAUAGGAAGAUUUUUUAGAAAAAAAGAGUUAUUUUCCAGAAAGACUUUGACGUGGAGAAACAGUCGCGCGAAUGGGCGGACAAGCUUGAAGCAGAGCACAAUUUGACCAAAGAACAUUAUGCUAGGGUUGGUUGGAAGAACAUUGGGAAGAAAAAAAACCAGUAAAAUGCUUUAGAACAUGAAAAACUUUCACAGAAAAAACAGCUCAAUCUUUGAUUUAACUGGCCGAGAAAAACCUUGUCUCUGGUAAUGAGAUUACUUUGUUUUGCUACGUUUUAGGGAAUUUUUAUGACUUUUUUGAAGCUCUGAAUGUUCCAGUAGUUUAAAAUUACUGAAAAAUCAUCUAAUAAAACUUGCGGGAAAAUUUGAAGUCGCGGAGGGACGUUUUAAAGUUAUCAAGCCAGAAGGAGUAAUUAUAAAAUUUGGAAGGUUAAAUGUACCUUUUUUCUCCAACAAGUUAUUGAGGAGAAACGAUCUAUUUUUCUUCUGAAAUUGUUUUCAAAAGCAUAAGAAGUUCAGUUGAUAUUGGCGGAGCUGCGCCUUCAAAAUUAUUUUUAGAGCUCUUUUGAACGAGUUGAAAAAUUUUCUUGUUCAAUUAGCGGACAUUUGAAGUGAAUCUCGUGUCACUUUAUAAAAAAUUUAAAAAAAACCACAGUAUACAAGCUUUUUUUGCUCCGCUCUAGGACCUGUGAUCUUUUGGUGUAUUUGCCAGAUAAAAGUGAGAAAAAAAAGACGCGUAAAGGUUAUAAAAGUGAAUUUGAGAUCAUGACGAAACGAGAGCUGGAGCGAACUGCCUACACCUUCAAAGAGAAGCGGGCCCUGGCGUCGGCCUACGACCUCUUCCUGGUCGACACCCGAGUUUUCGCCUCGGUCAAGACUUUUGUCGGCAAGGAUUUCCGCAAGGCGAAGAAGUUUGUGCAUUUCGUGUUCAUUUGACUUUUUAAAGCUUGAUAUUUCGUUAAAUUGAGUUUUCUUAUCAUAUCUCUUCAAGAAAAUGAGAAAAAAACAAACAAAUAUUUUUUUAUAUUUCGAAUUUUUGUUGAAUGAAGCUUUCUGAGAAAAAUUAGGAAGCUUGGUGAAAACUGCAAACUAUUCUGAAACGGUAGAAGUUUUGAAGGAUUGUAAAAUGGUCGACGUUUAAAAACAGAACUUCUUGUAGAACUUUACUAGCGAUUUUUAAACAACUAUUUUCAAGAGUCCCAUUGCCCUUCCGCUACACCCAGGCCCUGUCGACGUCGAUUUCCAAGGCCCUCAACACAGUUUCCUACACUUUGGCUCGACAUGUCAAUCGGGUGUCCGUUUUUUCUGUCUUUUACGGGAAAAAAGAAAUAAAAAAACUAAAAAAAUUUCUUGCCUGAAAUUGAGUUUAAGAUCAAAGUAUCUGAGAAAAAAAUUCAAAAAAACCUUUUUUUAAAAAUGAAUGUUUGGUUAUAAAAGGGGAAGAUUUAUGGGAAGCCUUAAAAAAAUUCUGGAAUUUUUAAACGAUAAAUAUAGUGUCAGGUAACAUUAUUGAAGCCAAAAUUGGGUUCCUUUUUUUAAAAAAAAUUCAACCGUAAAAUUGAUGGUUUCAAAGUUUUGAUUAAAUCAAGAAAGGGAAGGAAGAAGAAACUUUUUUUUUGCGUUGAGCUUCACUCCGAGUUUUUUUUUAACCUCCUUCAUCCAAAAAAAAAUUUGACGCGAGUUCUCCAGAAACUUGAAAAAAUAUGAGGGGAUGUUAGUAAAGAGCGGAGUAAGAAACAGGUAAAGGAAGUGAAAAGGUUGGUACUAACUAAAAGUUAGAAAACAUCCAACGAUAACUCAAACGAUUCCUGUAAACUCAAUCUCCACCUCGAGUUCAACACCAAACGUUUCAGAGCUGUCUCCUUUGGUCACCUCGGUCAGGCAGCGGCUGACCUCGGCGAGAACGUCGACAAAAUCCUCGACGAGGUGGCGGCCGGCUGUCCCGGCGGCUUCCGCAACAUCCGAGACAUUCAUUUGACCCCCAGCGGCGGGAAACCUUCACUGCCCAUUUAUGUUGAUCAAGGUGCUACAGAAAAACUUGCUGAACGAUUUGAGAACGGAAAUCAGCCUUGGCUUGAAUUUCCGAAGCUUAUGAAUUCGAAAAAGUUUCGUUAAUUGUAGUUUUCUGAGAACAUAUAGAGAUAUUUCUUCAAGAUUUAUAGAUUUAUUUGACAGAAGUUUCUUAAGAGAUGAAGUUAUCGGUCUCACUUCUCUUUCGUAGAAAUUAUCCAAUUUUUUUCAUAAGUAUAAUUAAAAAAACUUACUAGAAUCGUUGUAUUGGAAUUAGAGUUAUAAAGGAUGGAAAGACCAGAUUUUAAUGGAAUUUGAAGUUUUUUUGUCUUUUCUAGAACCUUUUUAUUUUUAUUUCAUUAUCUGAUCUUUCUUCCAGGAUCAGCCAAUGAUAUCAAACUGAAGGACAAGGAAAAGCCGAAAUCUUUGGACGAAAUUAUUGAUGAGUGCAAUACGCUUCCGGAAGGCUUGAAGGUCUUAUUCUUCCCAACUGAGAUUAAAUUAAAAAUUGUUUUAGCUCGCAAUUCGUAAGAAUGGACGGAUUCGGGUGAUCAAGGACGACACGGACGAAGCCGUUUUGUUCCCAACAGGUGGGGUUUUCAGAUUUUUUGGUGACUGUCUGAGAAAAAGAAGGGUUGGUAUAUUGUAACCCUAAUAUUCAGCGAGCAAGAGCUGGAAAAAAAUUGUUUCGUAAAAUUUUAUACUUUUGUGCGAUGAUUAUUAGUUUAUUUUUAUUCUGGAGAAGGUUCGCAAAACGCAAAAUUGAAUAUUUAUUUAUUUUAUUUUUUCAAGAUGAAUAGUUUGAACUUCAAAAAAAGAUUGUCUUUUGAGCUAGUUGAUCAUGAAGAGUAUUCAUUUUCUAAGGAAUCCCUUCUUGUAACACAGUUGAAACUUAUAUAUCACAUCGGGAUAUUAAUCGAUAAAAGUUACGACACGCGUGAAAUUUUUUUGGGAUAGCCGUGGAAAUAAAAAAUCUUUUUCGCUAGAAUAGGUUUUUUUUUUCUGUAAGAGGGUAUAGAAUCGGAUGAAAAGCGUGACUGGCAUGGGAUUUCAAUAUUUUUGCUUCAUAUGUCUAAAAAAAAGUAGUUUAAAAGCUUUGUCUUAUCAAUGAAUGAUAAAAUGUAUGAGGAAUAUGGGUUUUAGGUUUCUAAUCAAUAUUGUUUUCUCGUAUUUCAGUCAAAGACGAACAUUCCGAGUUGGACGGCUUGAAGCCGACGAUUGAUCCGGCCAAGGUCCUCAAGAAACGCGAAAAACGCAAGAAGAUCAACGAGAGGAUCGCCAAGGUCGUUUUUUGUUGAAUAGAUUAAAGAAAUUAUUCAAACGGAAAAAGAAAAAUCACUGAAAGAUAAUGAUCUUUCCUACGCUGAAGCUUCAAAAAGUUGAAAGAGUCAAUGUCAAGCUUUUUUUUCUCAACUGAUGAUUUUUCUCAUAUUUCUUGCAAUUUUACUUACAGUUCGGAAUACAUUGAAUUAUAAAAAAACGUAGAAAUAAAUCACUUUCCCUAAAUUUUCAAUGACAUAAGUUCUACUAAAGAAAUGUUUCGGUGGUCUGAAAAUUGGCUCAAAAAGGUCAUAUUAUAGAUUUGAAAUAAGUAAAUCCAGUUUGAAUUGAUAAAUGUUCUUCUUUGAGCUGAAAAAAAGAAUAGAUUGAAUCAGGCUUUUUCCGGCAGUUCUUUUGAAAAAGUAAAUGAGUUUAACGGUUAUAUAUAAAAAAACUCUUUAUUUUUUUUACGAAUGCAGCUGAAAAAUAAAAAAACAACCUUUCUAUUCAGAGAAAGUUGGGCAAAAGACCGUUGAAGAGGAAAUCGGCGGAUGGUACUUCUGGCACUCCCAAGAAACCGAAAAUGGCGGUUUUGUAAUUUUUGUUGUUUUAUUUUUUUGUUGAGUUCCUUGUUGUUCGUUUUUGUUUUUUUUUUUUUUGGAAAUUCAUUUCGUUACGUUGUUGCUGCUUUUUCCGCUUCUGAUCAAUAAAAAUUAUCAUUUUGAUCAGUUUUUGAACGAUUCCUUCAGCGGUUGAUUCCAAUAAUAUUCAUCAUUUUCCAAUUACUAUGAUUUUCAAAAAAAUGAAAAAAACGUUUGAAGAUGUCCCUCCCUUUGGUAUUACGUUGAGCGGCCCACCCGAAUGCUCUUGUUGAGGUUGGCUUUUUUUUUUCAAAGUUUGAAAUCAUUUUUUCAAAAAACUUACUGAAAAGCAUAAACAACGAUUUCUGAAGUUUUGGAUACAAGAAGAAAAUAAAAUGUUUGAAAAAAAAAAUGACAGAAGUUAAGGUAACCCCGAGACAAAAUUUAUUUGACUUUUAUCGAGCAAAAAGUUUUCUUUUGGUCAUUUUUAAAAUUAAGGUAUACUAUGUAGAAACAACUUUGCGGUUUCUUUUUGAGAACCAAUAUAAAACUUGGUCGAAACCAAACCUUCAAAAAGUAAAUUGAUUUUGGUAGACCAUCUGAGUGUUUUGACUGCCGAAAUCUGCCUAAAAAAUUUUUGAAGACGCUGAUAAAUGGAAAAACUUUUUCAGGUAGUGCGAGACUUCUGAUUCCCUUCUGAGCUCGCCAAUAAAUUUUAGAAAGAUAAUAUGUAGUAUUGAAUAUAGUCCAUAUGCUUGCCGAUUCAUGAAUUUUUAAAUAUUGAACUUUAGUCACGCUUUGAAAAAAGCCAGAGCUAUUAUUAACUUCCUGUUUUUCGAAAAAAAAGGAUUUACAAUCGACCGAUUCAGGGUCUACUACGGACUUUGCGCUGUCGCCUAUCCAACCUACGUUGCCUUGAAUUUCGACAAAUAUGUUCCGGAUAGAGCGCAGGUGACGUUAUUAAAAAAUCAUAUUUGAAAAUUUUGAAUUUUCGCGUUUUAUCAACAGUUUGGUCAUGAUGAAGAUUAUGGAAACUAUCAUGAAAUCUGGUGGAAAUGACUACCUUCCUAGUAAUAUUCUCGAGAGUUAUAGCCGAUCCACGAAAAACUUAAGGCGGCGUGGCUCUUCUGCGCCCUCCACUAAGCAGGCACUAUCUCUUUUCUUAUCGUGUCAGGACCCUGUUUUUGAUGGCUCAAGCCAGUCGUGAAUCAGCUAUAGCCGGAUCGCGUGAAGAAAUGCGUUUUUCGAACUGAAUAUUGAAAAUAAGAGAUCUUGAGAACAUUAAGAAAAACAGGAUGUUGGGAAAUAUGAGCCUAAUAUAUAAUUUACAAAAACAAUUCUUGUAAUUUAGUGGAAACUUCGUUUUUUUGGGUUUUUUUCUUAGCCUUUUCGAGAUUAUUUUCUAUGAAAAAAAGCUUUCAAAAACUAAAAAAAUCUUUCAAAUAACUGAAAAAUUCAGGUACUUGCUGGAAGAACAUUGCGAGAAGAGAUUCUCAACCCCUUGAAUGUCAAAAAAGUCGCUUGA